UGAUGGUAGAUGUGUGUAGGUAGUUAGUUCGCCUUACUUUCACUACCGUUUUCUCGGGACCUAAGGACUUACACUUCAAUCGGAUAGUGUAAUUACAUAGUGGAGUAUAUCUUAUUGCUUAUGGAGUUAAAGGUCUUACGUGUAACGCCGUGGUUUGCGCUACGUUUGGAUAUUAGUGAAGCCCAAAAAAAGUAGGUUAGGAGGUCGAACGAUCCGCCGUGCCCUCGCCAUGGCCGAUCUCGGUCCGAACAUGGAUGUGGAGAUAGACCCUAACUUUGAACCUAUUGCUCGCGCCAGAUCCAACACCUGGCCCCUCAGACCUAAGGAAAUAUCUGUGAAGACGGAACCUGUGUCUGUCACUGUUACUGACGAGAAUGGUGAAGCUAAUAAGGAUUUGUUAGGGCUGAAUAGCAAGAAGACAUCUUCGCGUAGAAAUGCUUGGGGAAAUCUUUCCUAUGCGGACUUAAUCACGAAAGCGAUCCAGAGUUCUCCAGAACAGCGCCUAACGCUCUCUCAGAUAUACGACUGGAUGGUCCAGAAUGUGCCCUACUUCAAGGACAAGGGGGACAGCAACAGUUCAGCAGGGUGGAAGAAUUCAAUCCGCCACAAUUUGUCUCUCCACAAUCGGUUCAUGCGGAUACAGAAUGAGGGCACUGGUAAAAGUUCCUGGUGGGUCAUCAACCCAGAUGCCAAACCUGGCAAGUCACCUCGCCGGCGAGCAACGAGUAUGGAUACGAAAGCCUAUGAAAAGAAACGAGGCCGCGUACGAAAGAAGAUAGAAGCAAUGCGAGCAUCUGUUGAGGGAAACGCUAGCCCCACGUCAACAAUCUCAGAGUCUGACAUUCUUUCUGAAACUGGUGGACUCCAUGCGUUCCAGCUCAGUCCAGACUUUAGGCCAAGGACAAGCUCUAAUGCCAGUAGCUGUGGACGUUUGUCGCCCAUACGAUCAACGCUGGAACCUGAUCUCCAUGACAACCAAGUGCCAUCUAUGUCCCCAAUUCCAUGGGGCAGCAAUGACUUAGGAAGUCAAGGUAACCUGAGUACAUCAUCGUAUUCAAAUGCACAAGACCAGUGCACUGAUCAGUUGACAUCAAGCCUUGCAGAUAUCAUGAAAUUAGCCGACAGUUCGAUCACAGACUCUCCUCUGAACGAUGGGAUUGAUUGUAAUACAAACAGUCCCAGUCCUAUACCUCAGAAUCAAGGCCUGCUUUUCUCAAAUUCGAACCUAGGAAAUUACAAUGGUUUCAGUACUGGUAGUUCUGGUAGUCUCGACAUGCCGAGUUACAACUCCUCUUUUAAUGUAAACUUGCCACCACCGCCACCAUAUCCUGAACAGUUCCGGUGCAGCUCUCAGCAAGACAUGAUGGGCAUGAACAGCCCUGCGAUGAGCCCUCAGCCGCUGUCUCCUGGCAAUCAGUUCACAACACUUACAUCUCUUGGCAGUCCGCAGGGGCAGAUGUCUACCAGGCUGUCAACUAAUCACAUGAGUGGAGGCACUUUCACGAGCAAUCUUAGUAUGGAGGAUUUGGACAUGCUUAGUGAAGAUAGCGACAUGUAUCAGGAGCCUUUGCUUGCCGAUGUUGUCAUCGGAGGUAACCAAUAUCGAAAUCAGGGUGCCUUCAAUUACUUGAACCAACAAAUGUCUCCAAAGUCUCAGGCAAAGCUUUCGCCUCAACUGCGGCGGCCACAGCAGCAACAGCAGGGUAUGGAUCAGAAUGGGCCGAAUAACUUGUCACUGCUGUCUCAACCACCGAGCAAUUCGAUCCUGCGCGCAGCGUUGACGAAACAGCAAAUGAACAGUGUGCCACAGCCAAUGCAGGGGACGUUCCAACAGCAGCAGCAAGGCAACCCCUUCACUAAUUCUAACGAUUUCGACUUAAACACACUUUCGUUGGAUUGUUUAGAGGGGCUUGAUUGUGAUGUGAGUGAGGUUAUAAAACACGAGUUGAACGUUGAUGGCAGUCUCGACUGCAACUUUGAUUCUAUAUCCAACAUGCCCGGUUCAAAUAAUGUGAAUGCUGUUCAUUAAAAAAGAACGAUAAUUACAUGUAGAUCAAGGUAAAAUCUCUGUCAUAUCUUUGGAGCUAUUCAGAUCGAGUGUAAAUAUGGAGGUACCAAGUAGAUUCGGAUGUGUUUAUCGGGGAUCGUUGUCAACAAAAAAACGAUGUUGUGUUGGAGGUUUGACGGUACUGUGAUAAAGCGUUGUUCUACGUGUACACCCGUACAAUAGUUGACAGUCACAGGAAUAAGAAUUAGAUCCAACGAGGUUCAUAAUCAUAAGAAUUAUACAAUAUGUAUGUAUGGCAUCAGCUUGAGAAGCUUUCUUUGAUGCUUCAUAUAGGCUAUUUACUAUAAUGGGCAUUGGAUUACAAUUUAUUCCAAUCUGGAUUGGAAUAAUUCCAAGCUACACUCGCAGUGUACGGAAUGAUGUGGUGUAGUACAUUUUCUUACUGGUUUAUAUUGCAGCUGAUUCAGGAUUGUACGUGUCGUCUCCAAUGAUAUAAUUUACACGUGCUUUUUGUGUGCUUUGUGGAAAUUUAUAUCAUUGAUGUACAUGUGUGUGUUUUCUUAAAGACCUCGCAGAAAACAUUGAGUGACCAUGCCUAUAAUUCAACUAAAUCAGUAGGCCUAUGACUUGGCAUCUUGACCUUGAAGCCUUGGAUCCACUCCGCGACCCGGACUCUGGGGAGGUAACAGACUGAUUAUCUCUGAUGGUUCAGAAUGAUGACUUGGAUGAAAUGCAGAUAUGUUUGCAUUGAUCAUAUUGUGGGAUUUAUGCCAAGAGAACUUCAGUGAACUUGCAGCCUGUCACAGUCAUGACAGUCCCAUAUGUUGUGUCAGCGUCUAAUCCUCAAGAAUGGAAAUGCUUUUUGUUUACUGCAAAUAAUAGCAGCUGCAAUGGGCUGCGAUGGACAACAGGCCAAUGCCACUGGAGUCUGUUAUUUUGAGACAGUUUCAACAUAUUGUAAGCCAUAAUUUCACAUUUUAUAAAUUCAUUAUAUUGAUAUCCUUGUCACACAAUGUUCAUGAGGGGCAUUCCAGUUUAUGUUUCAACAAAUAUAUGAAGAAAAUGAAAAAAAACCUGAGACUGAUAGUGGUGUUGCAGCACUACCCUGGGGAAUUAAUUGACCAAGAAAGAUUGUCUCGCCUAAUUUUUUUACGAAGUAAUACUUACUCCGUAUUUACGAGGCAUUAUCACUUUGAUUUGGUUUUACAAAAAGAUACUUGGACAUGUUGGAUAUCAUCAUGGUACUAUUAGGCAGCUAAAACAUAUUUAAGCCAUACUUUCAGUGUGUACAUUUUUCCUCUGAUUAUGGGUUAUUAUUUGGUAGCAAGUGUCAUGCAGUUUGCAUUGGCUGCAAUAUAUCCCCAAGGGAUUUCUUUACAGGUGGAAUUUCCAUCAAAUGCUUCCAGGUUGAGUAAAAGCAGACCUGGGCCACCCUGAGUAGAGUUUGCAUGUGUGAUGAUGUGCUGCUGUUAGGCAUGGUAUAAUUGAUAUGUAACUCAGCAGUUCAGUCAGUUUCUGGCAGCAACCAGGCCUAUACUGAUGACAACUGAUGUCAGGCUGAAAGUGAAGGGCAACCAUAGGCCUAUAUGGUGAGACAGGAUGCUAACAGCAUGCACGAGAAGUCCCACCUUGGCGGAAUAGGUGCCUCAUGGGUGCCUACGGAUUUUUUGUCCUUGGCCUCAGACACCAUUAAUUUGUCAGUCAGAAGAUUGCAAUUCUGGUAUUGGCAAAAGCUGGCUGUUGAUACUCUGGCUGGAAGAAAAUAUGUUGUAUGUACAUAGGUCUGAAAUGGAGCCAACUCUCAGUCUCAUCUUGACCACCAAGGUUUUUGCAUCUCAUCUCACCAAGAUUUUUAAAGAUAUACCCUGGCUUCAUUUUAAGUAAGGAAGUAAAGGCCAUGAGGUUCAGGUGGUCAACUCUUGGUUGCUUCCACUUUGUACGACUGUGUCAGACUAUGUUUUCAUCAUGCAGUGCAUUUUGAUCUUCUCCACCUCUCUUCAGUCUACCUGAUCUGCUACACUGCAUCUUCCAGGAGAUGGGAAUGGGAUAUAGCAGGGAGAGAGGUAAAAAAAGUGUAACAAGGCCAGGUGAAGAGAGCUGGAAGCAGGCACACUCUGUGGAGGUAUUUCAGUUCCAAUCCAGUCGCCAACUGUAGGCUACUCUACUUCAGGAUAGGCUAUACCAGCAGUCUACAUAAUUUAUGUAAUGAAGGAUUCUGUACUGAGCCAAUGCUGGAGGGCACUUGUGAUGGGAAUCAUUUUAGGAAAUACUUGAGAAUUAAUUUGCCACAGACUCUUGAGAAUAGAAUUCAAGAUCAGUGUGGUUGUCCUAGACUGAACAAGCCGGGCUGAGGUUACUUCAGUGGAUGUGGCUCAGACAUUAUUUUGUCUACAAGAUCGAUCAUGUCAAUUGACCUGCUAUCACUUGUUCAGUAUUGACUUAAUUUGGUGAUAUAACGUCACUUUUAUGAUGGAUUGCAGAUUUUCUGUUAAUCCAAGGGUGACCCGGAGUUCAUGUUGACAUAUCAGCAUGAUAACAACCAUUGGAAAAGAAUGUUUGGGUAUUGAUUGUUGCUACAACAUCGUUGAAAUUCCUAGAAAUGAAUCUAACAGUGCUCUUAUGGGGGCAUUUCGCUUCAGCCAAUAAGGGUA